AGGUUGAAGCUAGAACGAAGGUGGUCGAAGCAAGAUUCCACGAAGAUAAACUCAAGAUUCAACAACAACAUGAUUUGUCAAUUCAAAAGGUUUGUGCGAUGUUCAUAUUUAGUAUCAAUUAAAUCUCCCACAUAUUGAGAUUUUGUAAAAGUGUAUGGAAUAGAUUGUUUGAAAAGUUUAUUUUUUGUCCAAAUAUUACGCAUUCGGUUAGAUUCUCGACCGCAAGAACAAUGAAUUGGAAGAAAUGAAAGCAAAAUAUCGCAGCAAAGUGACGGAGAUCGAGACAAGAUUGAAGAAACAAGAUAAAAAGAGUAAGAAAAAUCGAUCAAAUCACAACCAGCAGAUGAUGGUCUUAAUUCUACUUUUUGUCUGCACAUAAUCAUAAUGAAAAAACAAAACUAACUAUCAUCACGACAAAGGGGCUUCGCUCGAAACGUCGAAGUUCUCCAUGUAUUUUUCAGGGAGUUGCUUCGCUAUCAAUCCGAAGCUUUGUUUUUUGAAAAGAAUGAACUGCAAUUUUUCUGAUGUUACUUUGAGUGUGCAUCCACACCGGACAAGCUGAAAAGUUUGCCUGACCACGGUGGGAAUCGAACCCGCGACCUUUGGAAUACUGUAGUCCAAUGCUCUGCCAACUAAUCUCGCUACGAGAUCAAAUCGGUUCGAGUGUGUGAAAAAAAUAAUCAUGAAUUCACUGCAUUUUCUCAAUCUAGUAACUGCAGGUUGAUCAUCAUCUGUUGUACGCUUGUUUUUAGUGAGACUCAUAAAAGAUCCUCUCUUACAUUUUACGCGAUUUUCUCCCGCAGUUGUUCAGCAAGCACGCGAACUUGAAGCACUACGAAAGCAACGUGAUGAACAGAUGCAUGCGAUGAAAAAUAUGGAACAAGGAAAAGGAACGACGCUUCAAAAUGAUUUUGAAAAGAGGGUAAAAAAACGACGACAACAAUAACAACAGCUACAGUAGCAACGGCAACAACAACGACAGCAACAACGACAACAGCAGUAGCAACAACAACAACAACAACAACAACGACAUCAGCAGUAGCAACAACAACAACAGCAGCAACAACAACAACAACAAUAACGACAGCAGCAACAACAACGACAGCAGUGGCAACAACAGCUGUAGCAGCAACAACGACAGCAACAACGACAACAGCAGUAGCAACAACGACAGCAGCAACAACGAUAGCAGUAACGACAAUAACAAUAACGACACCAGCAACAACAACAGCAGCAGCAACAACGAUAGCAGUAACAAUAACGACAGCAGCAGCAACAACAACAACAGCAACGAUAGCAGCAGCAACAACAAUAACAACAGCAAUGACAACAGCAGCAACAACAACAACAACAACAACAACAACAACAACAACAACAACGACAACGACAAAGAACAACAAUAACAACAACGACAACAACAACGACAGCAACAACAACAACAACAACAACGACAGCAACAACAACAACAAAUAAUAACAACAAAUAAUAACAGUAACAAUGAAACCUAUAAAUCAAGUCGUUUUCCUCGUGCAGCUUCACGACAAGAUCGCGGAAUACGAACAAGAGAAGUUUGACAUGCAGAAAAAACACACGCAGGAAAUUCAAGAAAUUUUGGAUGAAACAAACGCAAGAAUUGGGAAAAUGGAAAGUGAAAAUAAUCAACAAGUGGAAGAACUGAAUGUGAUAGUGAAGCAGUUCCAGCACGAAUCACAAAGAUUGAACGAGGAAUGCGAAACAUUACAGCGAGGAAAACUGCUUCUUGAACAAGACAAGGUUCGUGCAUCUUAAUUCUAACCUUAUACCAUUGCUUGAAACGUUUUUAACAUUAUGUUAAAUAUUUUAUUCAGGUAGUUCAGUCACAACACACCAGUCACUAGGAAAUAUUAUUUUCCUGUAGAAACCUCUGCGUUUAAAUUUGAAUCAUCGAAAACAAAAUUUUUAGAUGCAGACGACCUUUUUAUAUGCAGAAUAACAUAACUGGGAAAUUUAACAAGAAACCGUUUCACUCACAUUUUUACAAUUUGCUACCCUUGCAGUGUAUUUCCAUAAAAUUGUAUCCUUCUAUGCUAAUGAGAAUUAAGAAUUUAUUAUAUAUUUAUAUUACAGGUAGAACUCCAGAAGCAAUUGAGGGCUACAGAAUCAGAACGCAAUGAUCUCAAAGAAAGGUUCGCCAGAAUAUUAAUGUAUUUAAAGCACUAAUGUCCACUUCUUGGUAUCGUUUCAUUCAAUGUUGUUGUUGUUGUUGUUGUUGUUGUUGUUGUUGUUUGUUUGUUGGUUGUUUGUUGGUUGUUUGUUGUUGUUGGUUGUUUGUUGUUGUUUGUUGUUUGUUGUUUGUUGUUUGUUGUUUGUUGUUUGUUGUUGUUGUUGUUGUUUGUUGUUUGUUGUUUGUUGUUGUUGUUGUUGUUUGUUGUUGUUGUUUGUUUGUUGUUGUUGUUUGUUUGUUGUUGUUUGUUUGUUGUUGUUUGUUUGUUGUUGUUGUUUGUUUGUUGUUGUUUGUUUGUUUGUUGUUGUUGUUGUUGUUGUUGUUGUUGUUGUUUGUUUGUUUGUUGUUGUUGUUUGUUUGUUGUUGUUGUUUGUUUGUUUGUUGUUGUUGUUUGUUGUUCUUGUUGUUUGUUGUUCUUGUUGUUCUUUGUUGUUGUUGUUUGUUGUUGUUUAUUGUUGCUGUUGAUGAUGUUGUAUACAACUGUAUUGGUUCAGAACGGAAAUGUACAAGCAGCACUGUAUAAUGUCCAUAGCUCUUUUUGUUUGUUUGUUAUUUUAACUAUAGUUUAUCAAGUUACGAAAUAGAGAAGCAGAAGUUAGUGAGUAAUUAUGAGAGCAAGAUAGAACAAGUUGAGAAGAAAGCUAAAACUGAUGUUGAGCACGAAAAUGAGGAGAAAGAAAAGGCACUUGCCAAGGUUUGACACACUAGUUCAUCUGGUAAUUCCUCUCUGCAUAAGCAUCACGCUUUCUUAGAGUAGCUACCCUUUGUUUUGGAAUAAUUUGCCUUGUGAAUAUAUAUUUAAAACACAACGUUACACGCAUUUAUUAGAAAGGAUUUAAUGAAAGUAUUGUGUAGAACGUGGCCAUCUAAAGUGGCCUGCCUCCAUUAUGAAUUGAGCCAUUACGCAAAGUAUGUAUUCCAUUGGCAGAACAUCUUCAAUAUUUAAUAGUUUUGUUUGUGGAAACACCACGUAAAUUUAUUACUGCAAAGCUUUCGAUCCGUAAGCAUACAUAUUAUUACCACUGAUGAAGAUCCGGGCUUACGGAUCGAAAGCUUUGCAGUAAUAAAUUUACGUGGUAUUUACACAAACAAAACUAUUAUAUAUUUUAUCGCCAUGCAAACAUACAAAGAACUUAUCUUCAAUAUUGUUUCAUGUCUAGCAUUCCAAUAUCAAUGCAUUCUUGCAGUUGUAGUAACUCGUGGACAACUCCUUAUUUAGGCUUCGUCUGCGAUCACAAAACUGAAGAAUGAUGUGGGUGAACUACGGAGAGAAUUGAAGAGCACGGAGCAACAGAAACAAAAUGAAAUACAACAAUUGGCAGGACUUCACCGGCAAGAGAGGGCUGACCUUGAACAUAAUUUUGAAAACAAGGUUAGUUCAUGUGAGAAAUACUUAUUUACAUUGAGAGCAUUGGUCUGGAAAGUAACCGUAAUAACGCAAAACUGUGAACCACAAGACCAUUAAGAAUAUAUUUUAUAUUCUUUACCUGCUGAUGCAAGUAUACACGGAGUUUGUAGAAACAUCAAAUGAAUAAAAGAAACUAUUUGAACUUGAGUUGAACUUAAACUUUUCGAUCGAAUCGCAGACAGAGCCGCAGGCUUAAUUCCUGCCAGAGGACCUAGUGUUCCAUUUUUCGUUCCUGGUUAGGUAUAAAAAGUAUAUAUAUAUAUAUAUAUAUAUAUAUAUAUAUAUAUAUAUAUAUAUAUAUAUAUAUAUAUAUAUAUAUCACCACUUGGAUUAUUAACCUACUCCAAUAUUCAUUCUCAACCAAAUGAAGUGCAGAAAAACAUCUCUCAAGUUCAUCUUAAAUGACGUAUAUAGUUAUUUUCUUCAUAUGUGACUUCACUAUAGACUGGAGAAUGUAUAAUCCAGGCUCUUGGUUAGAAUUCAACCCCCUUUCUUUCAUAUUUUCCAGAUUCGCAAUCUUCAAGACGAACUGAAUCAAGUAAGGCGGGAAGAUGACGGACGAAUCACUGAUCUCGAAUCUGUUCUUAGGUUUGUGAUACGUACCGUAUCUUUCUUACCGUAUCUUUCUUACCGACACUGCAAAAAAUAGUGAAAUUCAUAACACAUUCUCUGAAUUGUCUCGACACAGAGAAAAGGAUGCAGAGUUAGAGAAAACCUUGGCAACACAACGAGAAACAGAAGACGAGGCGGAGAAAACCUUGGCGGAAUUCAAAACAAAGAUGGAAGAAACAUCGAAGAGGAUGUUUGACGAUGCUAAAAUACAGGUACUAAAAUUUUUUGUUUGGAACAUAUCGUAUCUCCAACUUAACCGAGUGGAAUGCUUACUGGGUGUCUCUCCAGGGGUGGAUCCAGGAAGGUUUUUCUAGGGGGGUGCUGGGUGAGCAGCCGAGUGUUUCUUUAUAAUUCUUUAGGGGGUAGUGGAGAGCAUUCAAAUGAAUUGGCCUCCUAACGACUUGAACGCCAAAGCGACAAGCUUCCUUGGGGGUUCAGGGGUAUGCCCCCCGAAACAUUUUGAAAAUUAGAACCCUAGAAAUGCCAUUUCCUGUGAAUUAUGAGCUUCAGUUUGACUUCAAAAAAGGAAAAACUUUGGAAAUUAUGCCAUAUUUCUGAAUUUGAUUUUUUUGCGCCCCCCUUGCACCCCUGUUGACCAAGGCUAACAGGGGUGCGCACCCCUGCCCACCCCUCCUAUAAACAUACGACCCACAUUCUAUCACAGGGAACAGUUAAGGUGGUAGAGACGCCAAAACUAGACAACAGUAUAUAUACUACAGUAAGUAGCACUAACGUCCUAACUUUUUCCUUCGUUCGACACGUCGAAGUUCUUUUUGUAUUUUUCAGGUAGUUGUAUCCCUAUCAAUCCGAAGCUUUCAACAGUAUAUAUUCCUGAUCUGAUGAAUGUAAUUGAGAUUAAUUGAUUUUAAGCUUUCAUUUUCUCGAUUUUUUUAGAUGAAUAAAGUUGAACAAGAUUUAGAGAAAUCCAGAACUUCACGUGAGAAACAGGCCAAGGAAUUUACGAGGCAGAUCGAGAAUGAGCGCGUUCGGCACGAGAAAUUAGUAUGUCGUAUAAAAAUCCACAGAACUUUAGCAUGUUUAGUUUAAUCAAUGGCAUCGUCAUUGAGGAAAAUUGUUUUGUUGUUUAAAGGUUUCAGAGUUAAAGAUUUCGUUUGAACAAGAGAAGACAUAUUUGGUUCGAGAACAUCAACAUGAGAAAGAUCUCGUGAAUAGAGAACAUGAGAGAGAAAAGGUACAUGCCUCGUACAAUGUCGAAAACUACGCACAAUUUUAGUUGUGUUGAUGAUAAUCACCGGAAUUUGUUUUAGGAGCUUUACGGGGAGAAACAGCAAAGCAAACUGCAAGAGCUGGAAACUCAAUUCCGUAGCAAAUCUUCCAAAGAUGCCAAGGUGAGGACCCUUUCGUUGUUUUAAAGGACAGCUAUACAGUUAAAAAACGUCUUUCAAUUUGGAGAAAUUUUAAUCAAGCACACUCUUUUAAUUGUUAUGAACUUCUUAUAAUUGUUUCAGGUGAUUGCUGACUUGCAGCAAGUUAACGUCUCAUUACGAGAGGAGGUAAUUUCGAAUCGUGGCAACUGAAACCCUGAAUAGCGAGAAUCUCUCGAUAUCGUAAGCGAUACUGGGUCGAGUAUCAAAUGUACUGGAUCCAGCAUUACGAAAAAAUAUUAGAAAAUCGCUUAGUUAUAAAAUGAACUUAUUAUUCCCCUUGAGUUCAUGCAGAAGGAAGCUUGCCGAAUGAUGGCAACUGAAUCCUUCAAUAGCGAGGAUCUCUCAAUGCUGCAGGCGCUUUGCGCUACAGAGUCCAGUGUGUGAAAAAAUGGUAAAAGCACUUAGUUUCUUUUGAUAAAAUAAACUUAUUAUUCCCCUUCAGUUAAUGCAGAAGGAAGCUCUGUAUAAACAACAAUUGGUGGAGUUAGGAAUGCUAAGAGAGGAAGAGAAACAAACAUUCAAGCGGCAAGAAGAGACACAGGUAUUACACUGAAUUACCCUCGCAGCCAAUGAUUUCAUAUUCUAGUAAUAUUUAUCAAAUGUUGAAAUAUUUUGACGCAGACAGCAAGGUACAGGUCUGAAUUGGAACAAGAACGACUACAGCUGCAACGACAUCAUAGCACGGACAUGGAACAAAUCUUGGAUAAGGUGCGUGGAUCCGUGUGUAAAAUUAGCCAAGGAUGAGUACGGUGUUUUGAGUUUAGUUCUAGUUUUAGUUUGAACCAGUAUAAUUAUUGUUUAGUUUUAGUUCUAGUUUAGUUCUAGUUUUAGUUUGAACCAGUAUAAUUAUUUUUAGUUUAGUUUUAGUUUGAAAGAAGAUUUCAAUUUAGUUUAGUUCCAGUUUAUACAUGCAGUAUAAUUUCAAUUUAGUCUUGUCGAUACGAUUACAAGGGAAGAUUUUCAUUUUUUUAAAAGGAGGUGUGGAAAAGUUUCUAGUGGGGUGCAAGCGGCAGCACUCAGCGUUAGGGUUAAAGAUUUUCAAACAAAAUGACAAAAUAGGAGGGGUGAAGCGAAAUUUUGGUGGGGUUGAACACUUUAUAAGAGAUGUUAGAGAGAUUUUAGGGGGAUUUAACCCCCCACCCCUAUCCCCCCCCAGUAAAUCCGCCCAUGUGCGGUUAGUUUUAGCCGUGAAAAUCGAAGCUAUAAAGUUUAUAGUAUAAAUCAGGACAAAUCUUUAUCAGAUUUUUUAUUAUUAUCAAAUUUGUCACAAUAUUUACAAAGACACUGAUAAACUGUAUAUAUAACAUGUUACAAGACAACACGUGACUUGGAUGUGGAACAGGACUUACGUCCAAUUAAUACCGCAUUAAAUUAUUAUUUACAAACAUUGUUUAAUUAUACAUUCAUUUCUUUUGAAUUUUCUUCACGAGUUUUUAAUUAAAAUAUAUGUUUGGUCGCUGUUUGUUUUAGUCCAAGUUGUAAAUAUUUAGUUUUUGUUUAGUUCACUUUUCAGAGGAUAACGCCUGUUUCAAACGUCGCACUUCUCAUGAGCCGAACACAUUAACAACAAUAGAUAAUCAGCUGAAAUGCCUCAUCUAUUGUUUCUAAUGCGUUCAGCACUUGAGAAGCGCGACGUUUGAAAUUGAAACAGGCCUAAAAAUAGUUUGGUUUUAGUCGCUCAUGUGUAUUUUGUUUUAGUUAAAGUUUAGUUCUAGUGUUUAUCUCUAAAAUUAUUUUAGUUCUAGUGUAGUUUUAAUGGACUAAAUUAUUUUGGCAUGACUAAAAUAGAGUUUUAGUUCUAGUUGACUAAAACAAUACUUUGUUUUUUAUGUUACUCUGAGUGUAUAUCCACACCGGAUGUGCUGAAAACUUUUCAGCCUGUCCGGUGUGGAUAUACACUCAGAGUAACAUGAAAAACAACAUAUUCACCUGAGUACAUAUAUAACAUCAAAACACACACGAAAAAUCAUAAACAAUACUAUUAAUAUGAGAGAUUGAACGACACGGAAAGAAUUUCAAAUAUUUGUUUCCGUGAGCACAGUAGGAAUUUAGCAUAGGUAAAGUUUUGAAGGAUUUGUAAGAAAUGUUUGAGGGAAGUGACUUUGUGUUAAACAGCGAGUUAUUUUCCUCAAACAGUUCUUAUAGAUCCUUCAAAAUUUAGAAUUUAUACCGAUGCAAAAUUCCUACUGUGAUCACAGAGACUGUGAUAGUGUGAACAAGACUUUUGGAGGUUGCCCAUUAUUCCGAUUAAGUUAGUUUGUUAAUUUGUAAACUAUAUUUUACAUAAUGGUCAGGGACGCCGGAACUGGGGGGGGGGAGGAGGGGCAGCUGCCCCUCUUGCCUUUUGCUAGGAAGGGCAAGGGGGGGGGGGCAAAAGUGCCCUUUGAGUUGCAAAGUACUACCUUAUAAAUCACAUUUCCAGUGAUGCUAUUUGGACAAAAUCAUGAGGUGUGAUCUUGAAUGUGACCUGAUUAAGUGCGUUUGCUUUCAUUGGCAAGUCAACACAUUAUUGUAGGUUUAUACAUGUAUCACAUCUUCACCGGGAUCUAUAGAGGUGCCCUUUGGUGUGCGGUUGCCCCCCUUUGCCUUUUUAUCGUUCCGGCGUCCCUGAUAAUGGUCUUUGUGGCAAAUUCCUUUAAAACGUGUUAGAGUCGAUAUCUAUACUACUAUAGUCGGGUUAAAGCAGUUGUGAAGUUGAUCAUCAUUUGCUGCCCUGUACAGCGUUUUGCCACUCAUUAUAACUCAUGCCUGUAAUGCUUGUGAUGUUACUCUGAGUGUAUGUCCACACUGGGCAAGCUUGAAAAAUAUGCCUGACCACGGUGGGAAUCGAACCUACGACCACCGUGGUCAGGCAUAUUUUUCAAGCUUGCCCGGUGUUGAUAUACACUCAGAGUAACAUCACAAGCAUCAUUUUCACCUGAGUACAUUACACCAACACAGAAAAAAUCAUGCUUAUAAGCUUUUCAUCAUCAAGUGCAGUAUUCUGCAAUAACCUGCAUCCCACGUGUUUUCCCACGUAAGUGGGGGUGUGUAAUCAUCCUUACUUGCAGCUGAGAGUUAAGUGGAAUUACGAAGGACGCAGCUCAACCUGAUCGAGUCGAAGGCUUUCUAAGGGCGCCUUUGGCAGCCACCUUAUGACUUAUGUCUGAUCACGGGGCACAGCUACGGUGGAAGGGUCAGUUUGGGGGCUAAUCCCAACCCACCCUGUCAACUUUCCCUGUGGGAAGAAACCCAAGUUCCCGGAGAAAACCCACGACUUUUGGUAGAGGUUGACCGACUCUUUUCAUAAAGUGUCAUGAGUCCGCAGCAAGAGUGGAACGAUCUGAGAUCUUGCUGUGGACUCAUGAACUCGAUUGCCCUGACGAUUAGAUGCGCCCUUAUGUAGCUUGAAAAGUUGGAUUUUAGCGGAAGGGAAAGUUGAUUAUAAAAUAACAUGUAUAUAACGCGUGCUCUGACUGGUCGAAACCCGUGUUUGGAUCAGGCCAUCCAAACACGGAAGACUAUCGUGUUGUUGUUAUUUUAUAAAACAAUUACUUUAUGGUUUCCCUGUUAGGAUGGCCUGAUCCAAACACUUGGGAAUGUUUCUCGAGUUAAGAAAAGCGUGCAAAAUCACUCGCCUUCGGCUCGUGCUUUGCGGCGCUUUUCUUAACUCUCGCAACAUUCCCGCGUGUUUGGAUCAGGCCAUCCAAACACGGAAACCAUAAAGUAAUUGUAUAAUAAUUUUUUCGUAAUAAUUUUUCUCUUCCCUACUGUGUUUCAGACAAACAAUAGAUUCAAGCAAAUGGAAGAAGAUUAUAUCGCAAGAUCAAAGAAAAUGCAAGAGGCGAGUACUUUAGGAUGAUGUGUGUGGGAUGUUGACAGACUGCGAGAUCGUAUCGGAAAAUUCGUUUUAGUAGAUCCGACAUGAUACGGCACGAUCUGCAUGGCAAUUUGUUGGAGAAAUGACCCAGGUCAUUCAUCUUGCACUAUAUUGUAUUCAUGGGGAAUUUCUCUUGCAUUUCUGUAGACUAUGGAUGCUUUGAGAGAAGAAAUACAAACCUUGAAAAAUGAAAGAAUAACGUAAGUAUUACUAAAGAAGUAAAAUAUCUAAAGCCCUGGUCAAAUGAGUCAUGAGAGUUGAUGAGAGUUGAGAAGCGAGAGUUUGCAUGAGAGUUUUCUCAACUCUCAUGUCCCGGUCAAACGAGAACAAGAGUUGCAUGAGAGUUGAUGAGAGUUGAGAAGCGAGAGUUUGCAUGAGAGUUUUCUCAACUCUCGUGCCCCGGUCAAACGAGAACAAAAGUUGCAUGAAAGUUGAUGAGAGUUGAUGAGAGUUGAUGAGAGUUGAUGAGUGUUGACAGCGAAAACUCUCAUCAGAAUUCGAGCCAAUUCAAAGUUGAUAGAGUGCAUGAGAGUUGAUGGUCAAACGAGAGCAUCAUCCUCGUUUCACCUGACCUGGGCUUAAGUUUGUUUCGUAGAAACUUUAUACAGAGAGUGGUUGAAGUCUGGGAUCCCUGAUCCGAAUGUGUUUGAAUGUCCAAUGAUAUCUGAGCAUAUAUUGAACCUAGUGUGUAUUGGUGUAGGUUACAGAACUCUCAAGAUAAACGAUUCAAUGCAACCAUACGUAAACACGAAGAGGAGAAAGCAAGUCUGAAGAACCAUCAUUCAUCCAUGCUCAAGGUAAGUAGACGUCUCGUAAAUAUCAAGAUUUUUAGAGCACUGCACUGGAAUUGCAGGGCCGCAGGUUGGAUUCCUGCCAGAGGAUAUAUAGUUACAUUUUCCACAACUGCUCCUGGUUAAGUCUUAACUUGUAUAUAAUCUUCCGCUCAAAAUUUCUAUCUACAAGAACUUUUCAGCUGUUCAGAAAUCUCUCGUGUCAACUCGAAGUAAAACAUGCAAACUUCAUGGUUGUUUUUUGCGUUCUAUUUAGGCGUUAGAGAAAGACCUUGAAAGACAGAAAGCUGUCGCAAAAGAUGUUGAAAAACAAGCAAGAAGUGUCGAAAUUAGAUUGCAAGAAAAGGUUUAUGAAAAUAAAUAUGUAGCAUUGUACACCACACUACACCAUACCCUACCUACCAUACCCCAUACAAUACCAUACCACACCAUACCACACUAUGCCAUGCAUACCAUACCCUACCAUAUCACACCAUGUCAUGCAUACCAUACCCUACCAUACCACACCAUACCCUACCAUACCACACCAUACCAUACCAUACUAUACCAUCCAUACUAUACCACACCAUACCAUACCAUGUCAUGCAUACCAUAUAUACCACACCAUGCCAUAUAUCAUGCAUACCAUACAACACUAUACCAUACCAUACCAUACCAUACCGCACCAUACAACACUAUACCAUAUACCAUAAUUUAUCAUUUUUCCAUCAGAUUUCGAAACUACAAUAUGACUACGAAGAAAGAAUGAAUAACUUACUACCCAGAGAACUAAAAGAAGUAUGUUGUUACGUAUUUUAUUUAAAGAAGACGUUUAAAACAGGGGCUGCUUCGUUUAACGGUAUUGUACUAGUUACAAAGAUGACAGUAACGACGAUAAACUACUGAUACGUAUCAGGCUGCAAGGAGGUUUACUUGAUUAAAAUAUCAAUUCUGCUCUCCUUCCUAAUCUUUCAAACAAAGUUAUUUUUCCUCAACCUGCUCUACGUUAUAGCCUGGUUAUUUUUGAAAACGACAUAGUAUUUCAUUAAACUGAUUUAGUUAUUUGCCAUCUUAAAUCUUGAAGUUAUCUUGUUGAAGAAUGAAAGUAGUGAUACAUUAUAAUUUGGUUCCAGAGCUCAGUUGUGUUGCUAUCUAAUCAAUAUACAGUGUACACUGGUUAAUUUGGAUGACUUUAAGACUCCCUAGACUGCUCCUCACAGCCACCUACUUUAUCAACAGACACCUGCUGAUAAUUGUGAAAACCCUGAAUGAUUGUCAUUUAUUUUCUAGGAACUUGAAGAUACAAUUCGUUCUCUCCGGCAACAAGUGUCAAUCUUACAAUCUCGAGCUGACGUCUUGCAAGAGGAACUGGAUGCCACAACUACGCUAUCUUCAACGUGGGAUAUGUCACGGUUAGACACACAUACGUAGUGUUUCAUCAUCACACUGCAUUCUAGGGCAAUUCUAAGUGCACAAUUGUUGCAUAAAAAAUAUGUGUGACAUUAAAUGUCUAAAUUGCCAACAUUUUACCACAAAUAUAAUUUUGUACAUAUAUAUUUUAUACGUAAAUUAUUCCUCUAAAUAAAUUAAGGUAGUAUUUAUAUUGCCAUUGUAGCACACAUGAAAAUGAUCGAGUCGAGGCUUUUUAAGGGCACCUCUGACAGCCACCCUAUGACUUAUAUGUCUGAUCACGGAGUACAGCUACUGUGGAAGGGUCAGUUAGGGGCUAAUCCCAGACCCACCCUGUCAACAUUCCCCGUGGGACGAAACCAGAGUACCCGACGAAAACCAACGACUUUCGGUAGAGCGUUGACUCACUCUUUUCGUAUAUAAGAGUCAUGAGUAGCGAGAAUUGAAGCGACGAUCUCAGAGGUGACGACUGCGCCAUUAUAAAGCCAGCCUGGCCAUCAGUCCAUUACCACAACCAGCC